AUGAGUUUUGUAAGAGAAUUAGGAGCAGCUGAAAGAAUCUAUUGUCGAGAACAAACAGAUCAUGGAAAUCAAACAUUAGUUCAAGUACUAAUUAUUUCAAAUGCUCAUAAAAUUAAUGAGCAAAAAGCUCGUCAAGCUUUAGUAAAACUUUAUCAAGGCUACUAUCCAGUCCUUGGCUAUAAAAUCUGCCCAUCAGACGAUCAAACAACACUUGUCUAUCUAUCAAAAGAUGAACAACAAGCAGAACAAGAUCUUAUGUCUAAUUUUAAGUACCAACAAGGCACUGAUUGGCAUGAAGUAUUUCAAGAUGAACUUAAUAUUCCAUUUGACAAUGACAAUCUAUCACGAUGGAUAAUUAUAAAUGGAAAUAUUCUUAUAAUGUCGUUUCAUCAUGGACUUGUAGAUGCAAAAAAUUUAUUUUAUAUUAGUCGACAAUAUCUUUCAUUAUGUUCAACAUUAAUAAGUGUUAAGCCAAAAAAUACUUUAUGUAUUGAACCAAUGGAAAAAUAUCUAUUCAAUAAAUAUUCCUAUGAAAAAAUAUCUGAUCUUGAAUUAAAACCGAGAUCAAGUCGACCAGAUUCAAUCAUAUCUCGAACACAUGUUCGUCAUUUUUAUUUUUCAAAUCAAAUACUUGAUCGUCUAAUCGAACAAAGUCAUUCGAAUAAAAUACGUUUAAAUAGUAUUUUAAGUGUGAUUACAGCAACGGCUUAUUAUUUAGCAUCGGAUUAUAAUGAAGAAAAAACGUUAAAAAUUCAUAUGAUGGUUAAUAUAAGACCCCAUCUUAAACUUGAUUAUGAACAACCGGGUAUGUUUGUUACUGUUUUCGAUUGUUUUGUCAACAUUAACCAAUCGUCCAUAUCAUCUUCAUGGUUAAACGCUAUUCAACAACAUAACGAUCUUCAUCGUCGUAUCAAUGAAAAAGAAUACAUAAUGAAUUGCAAAAAUGACACGGAUUUAUUGAACAUGAUUAAUAACAAUGAAUCUUUUUCAUGUGAUGAUGUUCAUUUUGCGUUUAGUAAUCUUGGUUUAUUAUCAAAUACAGAUGAUAAUCAAAUCGAAGAACAUUAUUUUGGUGUGUCACUUAUUGAACAACGUUGGACAAGUACAAUACUUGUUGGUGUUAGUACAAUAAAUGGUCGUCUUUGUUUUACUAUUGCAUACAAUAAAAAUAAAAUUGAAAAAGCAUUUAUCGAAAAAUGGAUUGAAAAAAUUUAUUAUUUACUUGAACAAAUAUAA